UGAUCUUGUGUGACUAGUCAUCACCAGGUUGGUGGGAAAUGGGAAGAGUGUUCGUGAUAGAACUCGAGGCACUCGUCUACACAUGCAUAGAGUGCCACACACAUCUCGGAGUUCCCAGUGAUAUCAUCUCUAAGGAGAUUGAGGAAGUUUUUGAUAUCAAUGACAAUGACAUCAUAUAUGACUUCAGUAGACUCUUCAAUACAUUUCUGGCUGAAAGCACGCUCUACUCUGCUUUGCAGAAUAUAUUUAUAACAUAAGCCAAGUUGAUGAGGGGGGUCCAACUACUUACUGGGUUUUGAG